AUUCCACAGACUACGUUACUCUUUUUUUGCUUUUCUAUCAGAUCUUGUAUCAAGUCGUCAUUUAAUACAUGGCUUCAGAUGAAGCUUCAGUCGAAGCACUAACCACACUCUUGACAGAAUUCCAUUGCCCUUCAACUAGUCAAACACGACGACAGGAUAUACGGCGUCUAUUGACAGAUUUUGAAAACUCUCCCAAUUCCUGGUAUCAUGCUAUGUACUACUUAGAUGUAGCGAAGGACAAUCAGUAUGUUGUCCUCUUUUGUUUAGGCGUUAUUGAGACAACUAUUGUUCAUCAGUGGCCAUUUCUAUUGCAAGAUCACAAAUUAAAAGUACGCACGUUUAUACAAAACUAUCUUAGCCAAGCUUGUUCAAAUGAAUGUAGUCUUUUGUUAAAGAAAGCAGCUAAAUUAUUGUCAUUAAUUGCUUGCUUUGACUGGCCUGACCAGUACCCUGAUUAUACUGAUUUUUUGAAAAACCAGAUAUUUAAUGAUGCUGUUAGCAACUUACUUUCCAUCAGAACAACAUUAAUGGGACUUUAUUGUCUAAAGUCCAUGUAUGAUUCAUUUUUGAAUCCUCCAGAAGUGAUUGAUUAUUCAAGAAAAAAUGAACUUCAGCAAUUUUUAUGCAAAGAAACGGGUACAUUAUGUGGACUCUUGUGUUCACUUAUGUCACGCUUAUGUGAUGAUGAUAGUAAAAAUUUGCUUAAUGCACCUCAGUCUUAUUUGCUGGAAGAAAUUUCCCGUUCAAAUCAGGAUAUUCAAAAUUCUCUGUGGCUACCACUUCUUAAACUUUUGCAAUCUUUAGCCAGUGAUUGUCUAACAAACUCUGGAACUAAGUGUCAUGCAUUAAUAACAUGUUUUGAGUGUUUAUGUGAUAUGCUGAAAAUUCUUCCUAGUCAACCUAUUUCCAUAGGGGAAAUCUUGGUUUCAAUACUUAUUUUCUCAUUGGUGGGUUCUCCACAGUGUUUAUCAGCAUGUGCUGAAGUGGAAGAAGCUCUUGCUUUAUCGUCUCAGGACUGUGAUCUUCUCAGAAUGAUUGGUUUAACUGCCUUAUCAUGUCUACAUGAGUUAGUCGAAAAGAGGAAUGUCGACAGUUUAAUGACAAAUCAAUCUGGUUUUAUCUUUCAGCUUAUCAGUUGUCAUUUUAACUUAGCCAGUGGUCGUAUUACGCUCAAGAAGGUCUCCAAUUCUGUUUCUCAAAGAACGCAAAAUAAUGACCCUACUAGUAAUAAUCGUCAUGAUAUUUUUUGUUCGCUUGCAAUGGACAGACAAAAACAAAUUGGAUGCGAUGAUUAUGAAAUGAAACUGGUAGAAAUAAUUCGAUGUAUACUGCCGAGCUGUUUGAAAUUUGUAUGUGUAAGCAAUAGUUUGGCAAAUAGUUUUUCAGUAAAUGAUCCUAUAACACUUAUGAAGGCAUUUUAUGAGUACACUUUCUUUACUGCAAAUCUUGAAACAUAUCUAUCUUGCAUUAAUAUAUGGUCUAAUUUGUUCGAAUCUCUUCAGUUUUAUGCACACCAGAGGUCUGAAUUACUAUCCUCCGAUUCAGCUAUACACAAAGUACUCAUGGAAUUCGGCAAUGCAUUAUUCUCUCGUUUGUUUUACUGUGAAUCAGCAGCUUAUCUAAACAAUUUGGAGUAUGAUAUCUUUGAAAAUGAAACGCCGCUUACUUCAUAUAGUAGUAAGGAUGGAAGUAGUUUGUUAGGUAUUGUUUUUCCAGAAGAAGUAGCUGCAACUAAGUCACAGACCAACGAGCCAUGUGAAUAUAUGGUGUUCAUUCGUGAAAGCUUGUCAGCAUUUCGUAACUUAGUGGACUUACUACCGCAUGACUUUACUAUGCUUCUUUUUCAACGAUUUCAGUCCAUUUUAAAUGAAUACACAUCACUAGUAAAUGCUAGUGGUCUUUUGUCGGGAGUAUUUAAUUUUCCUAAAGGUCAGCCACCACAUCGCAUAUACUGGAUUUUAAGAGAUUUUGCUUCAGUAGUCCAAGUGGUUGGUUUUAUGUCUGAAAAAUUCCAUUGUGAAAAAUAUCAGGAAUAUGGCCAACAGAUUUUACGUGCACUUCUGUACAGUUUACGCUUGAAUAGUGUUAUCUUUCCUGUCCUUCCUCACAUUAAUGAACAGCUGAUGCGGUUCAGUUUUGUUGAAGCAACUGUCCAGGUACUGCUUGCAUGGCAGGCUUUAAUUGUUUCUGGAUCAGUCGGUUUUGCAACACAAUAUGAUAGUAGUUUGUCAUUUGACAAGAUUUACCUCCCAUCUACUGACCGUGAGCAAUUCUACACAGAACUCAUGGAGACUUUCCAGUGUUUUCUUUUGCCACCUAAAGACGCUUCUGAUUUGCGUCCCUCUUUAAUCUCUUCAAGAAUUAUGUACAGUUGUGCUGAAUUAUUUAAAUGCUUAUUUACAUCCUCAUUUCGUGAUAUACACCCACCAACCUCGAUUAUGUUAGAUAUAAAUUCCAGAAGUUUUGCCAUAGUCAGUAAUAUUUUCGAAGCUGUUUGUAAACAGAAUUGCCAAACACCAACUGAAUAUAACAUUUUCAGUCCUCUAAUAUCCGCAUUUUUAUGUUAUCUGACUUCAGAAGAUGCUACAAUACCUCAUUUAUGUAGCCAUAAUGGUAGUGCUAAUGAUGAAGGGGUUAAAUUGACCUCAACACGAAAUUCUCUACUUAAUCGUUUAUUUUUGGAAUUCUUUUUACCACAUUUAAAUCAAGACAAUUUUGAGUUGAAUCUAAAGCAACACAUCACGUGUUUAAGUUUGCUCAAUAACGCUAUAUUAGCAUUAGAAAAUUCUGGAAAUUCUGCACGUCAAAUUGUCUAUAAUUCGUUAAUAAGCUCAGGUUUAAUGGACAAUCUAUUCAGUUGUUUACUAAAUAAAAUUCUAAUUGAUACUUCUUCGUCUUGUCAAGUCCAGAUAAGUUCAGAAAUGAAAGUCAGACUUUGUACAGCUUAUUUAAUUUUUUUGUCCACAUUUAUUCGUAUCUUAUCUUUUUCCGAUGGAUCUUUAUCAUCUAUUCCCCAUUUAAUUGGUGAAAUUAUUCGUUCAUUACAUAAAUCAUCGGCUGGGUCUAAUUCAUUUUCAAUCACUUUCAUUGGUCCAAUAGUGGAUAUAUUAUUACUAAUAACUCAUCACAAGGUGUUUGCAUCUAUUCUACAAGAUACAAUAGAAUUGUGCCUUUGUGUUUUUCUACCGCUUUUGUCAACGAUUCCAAACUCAGUAUUUACUGACAAUGAACAAGAAAUAAAUCAAUUAGUAUGUAGUGCUUGUGCAAAUAACAGUCAACUGAUGCAACAGUUUUUUGAGUUGAUAUUUAAAAUUCUGUCGAAUAAUUUCUCAUUCUUUUUUAUUCGUAAACCUAUAAAUAGUAUUACUGAAACAACUUCAUCAACUUUGCUUACACCAGUUACACAGCGUUAUGCUUUAAAAUGUCCCGAUUUAUUUAAUCGUCUCAUGCAUGUUAUCUUUGCUGUAUUUCACCCAGAACAAGUGGAUUCCAGUGUGAUUAGAUUUGUUGUUGAAAAAUUAAUUUGUUUGAAUACAUCACAUAAACUUUUUGAUAUAUAUGAUUUUAAUAAAUCAUGGCUUUCUAUGCUUACAAGUUCUGUAUUAAAUCUGAUAAUAAAUGAUAAACAUAACUCAUCUCGAGAUACUUUGAUUAACAGUUUAUACCAGUUUACCUUAUCUUUUACACAACUCUCUUGUUCUUAUAACUCAGCUGAUACUAGUUAUCAUCAUUCCAAUGGUUUUUCUUACUUUGUACAAAACUUUCUUCCCACAUACUUGAAUACAAUACAAAGCUUAGAUGACAAUCAACGUGCAUCUAUUUUAUCUUGUUUCUAUGAUACAAACGAAAAUGGAUUUUAUUCCAAAGAUAAAUUGAAACGUGAAUUGAACGACAUCAGUGUAUUUAAUCAGUGUAUAGAACUAAUGAUCUACAAUAUACGCUACUACCGUACAAUUAAUUUGGCAAUGACAUCCGUUUCACUGGCAAAUUCUUAUACAUAGACCGUAAAUUCUUAUAACAGUUGUCGUUCUUUUAUUUUUCAUAACAGGUAAAAUACAACGAAGAAAAUCAUACUUCACUUAUGGUCGGUCAUAGCUCUUUUCAAAUUCUUCAGGUAUUCUACUGUUGAGAGUGGCUUUAAAUCCGGUUAUUGAAAAAUUCCUGGGUUCCUUAUCACUCACUGAUGAGGAGUCGUCAGUUUUGUUGUGAACAAUAUUGAUUUGAUUCUUUGAUACUUUUCUUUUCUUUUUGCUAGUAUGUUUGUGUAAUCAAUUGUUUAUAUAUUGGUGACCAUGCAUUUCUUCUUCAUUACACAUUGUAUUUUAUCACGUGUUAUACUCAUUAGUCUAUUUCUAUUACUCACGUUAUUAUAUUCAGUGAUAAUUACCUUGCAAUAACAACAACAACAAUGUACACGACGAAAGUUCUGCUUCUCUCAUACUGACACAUAUGACACAGAACAGUGAUUUUCUUUCUCGUUCUUUUGUUUGUCCGCGGAUAGUUCUUCUGUUUGUUUUUUUUCCACGGAAGAUCCGCCUCUGUACUUUUAAUUAUUUCUAGUUUUCUUAUUACUAUUCUAACUUGAAGUGAUUUUACGCCUCACAUUGCUAGUUUUAAUUAGUGAUAUAUACAUAUGGAAUGUUUUUAUUUGUGAUUUUAUAAUUGCUUUACAAAAAAACGUUUCUUAUAUUUUAAAGUGCC